UUUAUUGAUCACCUAAUUUCAACAAUAGUCAACUAGAGCUGCUACCGACUACUUCAACUUCCUGAAAAUGUAAGACUAUAUUGAUCAUGAGCAUUAAGAGCUUGAGAUCCUCCAAGACCAGAAAGCAUUAGAUUUUUUCAUUCUUUGGAGAGGAAUCUGUGGCAUAAUGUAUGUGACAAGGCCUCUCUCAUGGUACAAAAAGUAUCCUGCUGAUCUUUCAUUGCCUCCUCCUGAAGGUCCAAACUCUGGUAUUCUUGUUAUCCAAGAUGAAGAACCCAGAUGCUGUAUGAAUUUGUUCAAGAGUGAUAUGAUUCAAGACCUGCCUCUCCCUCAGAACAAAAGUCUAGAGCUUUACUAUGCACAAGGAUUUUAUCCAGGAAGAGAACUUCAUUUUUUCAAAGUUCUAUUCAUUCCAGUUCUCGAUCAGCCACUGUCUUCCAAUCAGUACUAUGCAAUAUAUCCAUUUGGGAAGGAUAGAGGGGAAGGGUACACAAGCUCAAAAGAAGAUGAAACAGACAUGGACACAUGUUGCUUCAGCAGCUGUCCUAAUGAUGUAAAGCCGCAACGUUUUGAUCACAAAAACCUGUACCAGCAAUAUCAGAUUGAUCUUCACAGAAAAAUUGUGAACAUUUCUGGUGGCUUUGUGGCUACUUGUAUGGCUAAAGAUGGUUGUCCCCCAGAUGCAUUGUGGAGAAGAGGGUGGAAACUCACUUGCUCAACGGCUAACGAGUUCAAACUAGGUGAUGCACCAGGGCUAGACACGACUCUCCGAGCCCAGCUUCCUGGUUUUGAUUUCCCAUUGAAUAAUCUGGUUGUAGGGAAGUGGUAUUGUCCAUUCAUGUUUGUCAAGGAUGUCACACCUUUCAAGACAAUGUAUUAUCAGAUGACACUUGAGCAGAGAUGGGAACAGAUAUUUGUGAAGGAGAGUAUUGAGGAACAUGAUACAGGCAAUGCUGUAAAUGUGGAUGCUGUUGUGCAAAGUAAGGUGGUUGUGGUUGUGGUAGGAGGGAGGGAAGGUGUGUGUGAUGAGAGACAUGUGGAAGAUGAUGGGGUAGUGUGGUUUAAGAGUGUCAACAAUGUGGGUGAAGAAACAAGAGUUGGGUUGAGCUUUGCAAUUGUUGAGAGGAUGAAGUGGGAGCAAGAAAGAGUUGGGUGGGUUGGGGGAGAUGAUGAAGGCAAAGUGAGAGUGAAGAGAGUUGAGGAAUAUGGAGGGAUUGGUCAGUGGAAGAAGUUUGGUUGUUUUGUAUUGGUUGAGAAGUUUGUGUUGAAAAGAAUGAAUGGGAGCUUGUUAAUUAGCCAUGAGUUCAAGCAUACUCAUCAGAUUAAGUGUAAAUGGGAAUGAACAUCAUGUAGCUUGUCAUUUGGUACAAUUCUUAUCUGGGAAAGUUGCUUCUGUAUUUGUUUAAUUAACCGAUUUGAAUCGAGAGAUCGAUGAUAAUUUUGCAAAUUUGUGAUC